UUUCUUUUUUUUUUUUUUUUCCUUUUGCCUUUGCUGUUGCUCAGUCCUUGGUGCAUCCACCGCCCAGGAACAGGAAGGACGAGAAAACCACUCCACAAAGUCUCCUUCAAGACACUCUGCGCUGCAGAACAGGCUCCCCAACUCCCAUCAGCGCAGCAAACAAACUCCUCAAGGCUUUUGCUGCCCCUCCACCACCACCACCACCACACACCCUUUUAUUUUAUUUUAUUUUUUAAUUUAUUUUUUUAAUUUUAUUUUUUUUAAUUUCCUCGUUGCUUUUUCAUUCGCGGAGGGCCGGGAAGGAAGACACAAACUUUCCACUCCGAGGUCCUCUGGCGCCCCUCGCCCCUCUCCCAGCCGGCGGCCUUUAAUCCGCCGCCGGGACCCCUCGCGGGCUCCCCCAGCGAGCGGAGCCCCGCGCCCCCCUCUCCCCGUCCCCUCGCUCCGCGGCCGCCCCCGAGCCGCGGGGCCGCUCGCAGGGGGCGGUGGGGCGCGGCGCCGGGGGCCCGGUGUAUGUCGUGCCCCAGCCUCCCGGUGAAUGAGCACCGCCCGCCGCCUGCCGCCGCCGCCCGCCUCGGCCCCCACCUCCCCCUGCCGGGGUGAGGCUGCCUGAGGGUCCCCGCGGGUCGCGCAUCCCCGCCGGCUGCCGAACGGAGCCCAUCGCUUCUCCCUCCUCCUUCCCUCCCGCCAGCCUCCCCCUCUCUGCCCCCUUCAUUUUAUUUUUUAUUGCCACAUUUCCCCCCUUUUUUUUCCUUUUACCAUCCUCCCCACGCUCCCCUGCCUUCCACCCCCCUUCCCCUAAUUUUUUUUUCCGCCGGGCGCGAUGCCGCACGUGGAGAUGCUGCUGCUGGCGGCCGCGGCGCUGUGGGUGUGCGUGCGCGGGCAGGAGCCCGGCGCCAAGGCGGUGGCCGACCGCUACGCCGUCUACUGGAACAGCACCAACCCCAGAUUCCAGCAGGGUGACUACCACAUAGAUGUGUGCAUCAAUGACUACCUGGAUGUGUUCUGCCCUCACUACGAAGAUUCAGUGCCAGAAGAUAAGACCGAACGCUAUGUUCUGUACAUGGUGAACUUCGACGGCUACAGCUCCUGUGAUCACACCUCCAAAGGGUUCAAGAGGUGGGAGUGCAAUCGGCCACACUCCCCGAAUGGACCGCUGAAGUUCUCAGAAAAAUUCCAGCUCUUCACGCCCUUCUCACUAGGAUUUGAGUUCAGGCCAGGCCGGGAGUAUUUCUACAUCUCUUCUGCGAUCCCAGAUAAUGGAAGGAGAUCCUGUCUAAAGCUUAAAGUCUUUGUGCGACCAGCAAACAGCUGUAUGAAAACUAUAGGUGUUCAUGAUCGUGUUUUCGAUGUUAACGACAAAGUAGAAAAUUCAUUAGAACCAGCAGAUGAUACCGUACAUGAGUCAGCCGAGCCAUCCCGUGGUGAGAAUGCGGCACAGACACCGAGGAUACCCAGCCGGCUUUUGGCAACUCUAUUGUUCCUCCUGGCAAUGCUUUUGAUAUUAUAGCACAGUAUGCUCCAGCAACCUGUCGCAGAAAAUAUCAGGGUCUUGGAACAUCAAAGAUCCACCUAACUGCUCAUCCCAAGAAAGGGACUUUAUUGUUUUUGCAGAUGUCAAAUUGUUAUUUUUCCCUUUUCCCUUUUCUUCUCCCUUUUAGCCUGAACUCAGCAAAAAUUUGAAGGGGAUAACUAGCUUCAGCACCCGUCCCUACCUACCCUGUGACUUUCUUAACCCCUCCAUACAAAUAAAAGGACUCCAAAUGAAAAUGCCAAACUAUAAUAGUGACACUAGUGAUUCUUAUUUUCCUCUGCAUUCUCCUUUAAGAAGUCACCUCUGUUAGUUCACUGUGUCAUCCGUGUGUAGACAAGGAAGAGUAGUGGCAGAUGCAGUCAGUGAAGGAUAAAGAAACUGAGUGAAAGCCUGGGAGAGUUUUCUCUCCAAUACAAUAUUUAUGCCUUCUCGUUCAGCACUGUAAGAUGAUCAUGCAAGGCAUCGUGUCACGAUGUCAGGACUGGAGGGGAAGUAUUAAGAACAGAUAUAAUAUAACACCAUUUCCUCCAGGAGUUUCUAAAUGAACAGGCUUCUGAAAGGGGAAGACAUUGUUUCUUACAGACUGUCCUGAAACAUCUUUGAUGGUAAAAUUCUUGCUCACAAGUAGAAACACUGUCUUUGGUGAAAGAAAGGGGUUAGUAUUUAGAAAUGUUAGCACACAGCAGGCAAGGUCAGAUUUAGGAAACUUCACUGGGGGUGUGAGUGCCUCUGUUAUUUCGUUUUAAGGGGAUAAUGCACACCGGCUUAUUUUAUUUUAAAAGAAAUCACCGUGGUGCUACAAUUUUUUUCUUGAAAUGCAGAGGCACUUUUGAGAAUAAAGUGACCUUCCCCAGCGCUGACUUAGUAGCUGAUAGCCUUGGAUGCUGCUCUGGGUGUUAAUACAUGCUAUGAGAGGACAUCAGUGGCCAGAGGAAUCAUGUUUGGGACACAGGAUCUCCAGUGUGCUCUUGAUUUGUCUCUCCUGCAAGUUCCUCAGUCAUGGGAAUAAACCACAAGUAAAAGAAGCCAGGACAGUUUAGUAGCAUUGUUUGGUGAGGGGAAAGAAAAGUGUGGAAUAUGAAUUCAAGUGUUGAUUUUUUAUCUUUUCCCCUUCCAGCACAGUUUGAAGAGUAGAGGAAACGUGUUUAUCAGCCAGAGAUAAACUAGAUGGGCUCCCAAAGACUUAACAAAAUAUUUUUUUAAAAAUCCACUAGAAUAGAAAAUACAUUAUUUAGAUAUACUUUAUGCUGAGAGUGAGUGUAUAUGCUUGUCCUAUUUAAACAUGUGAGAAAAGUGGUAAGCCUUGAUGCAAGUAGGAAAUGGGACUGUCUUGUUUGAUGGAAUUGGGAGUGACCCUGUUUAGGGAAUCUGAGCCUUGGCUAUGGUAGAGCUUGAAAAAGUCAUUUGCCAGGAAGUGCAAGCCUUGGGGUAUUUUUUGUCUAGGCUGCCAUGAAAUUCAAACUGCUAAACAUAAUCAGGGAAAUAUCAAACCAAGACUGAAACAAAACUUUUCUAAACAAAAACUGUGAUAAUUGUUAAAUGCAAAACAAAACAUGGAGCGCAUUCAAACAAAACAUGGGUUUUCUAUAUUAAUUCUGAAGAAAAUCUCUGGCAUAACAAAAUUGAGUGAUACCAACAGCAGACAGUAUUUGGUUGGCUGUUUUUUUCUUUUUUUUUUUUUUCUUUUUUUUUCUUUUUAAUGAUGAAAAGCUUUCCUAAAGUUGUAAGCAGCUCACUAUUCAAUAAAGGAGGAAAAGGAGAAGUCAAUUUAAGAUGUAAAGGGAGGUUUUAUGCAUGCUAAACCACAAUCUGAGCUUGCCUGAUACCAUACAACAAGGUUCUUGUUGCAGGGCCUGUGCUUACAGCAGGAAUGUAGGAAAUUUCCUCUAGUGUGAAGUGCACACAAAAAAGAUACACAGUCUAAACAGUGAGGGAAGUCAGCCAGCAUCCCAUUACAAUCUAGCUGGUACUUUCCACUCUUUAACAUGGGUGUGCUUGGUACACAGGCUAAUACUUCCUUCAAGUAGGAAUUAAAGAGCUGUGGAUGAGAUGAGCUUAAUCAAAAUGAACCUUAACAAAUGGGUUAUUAACUGAUAAUAUUGCAUGAUAGGUAACCCUAUUAAAUGAUUCAUAACAAUUACAGACAGUUGUACCAGCAGUGCCAAUAUCAUGUGGAAGUGGUGACUUCAUUUUUCAUCCUUUGUCUCUAAAUGAUGUCAGAAUUUGAGAUGUACACUUAUCCACAGCAGCCACUUUCCAGUGGUGUUGCUUCAAGUGCAGUUCAGCCCUUCAGUUUAUCACAGAGCCUUGAUGGGUAGGUGAGGGACAGCACGAAUGGUGCAGCUGCAAGGCAGGUCCCUGUGCUGCCCCGAGUGGCCAGGAGACCACAAGACACUGCCAGUUCGGUACUUGAUGGCAUCAGGCAAUCCCAGUCAUAGAAUUAAGUACUAAUGGGUUUUGUGUUGCAAAGCAAAUCUCUGGAUGCUCUGAAUGCAGAUGUUGGCACCAACUGCAAGGAGAUUUCUGCUCCCCUCCACUCUGCCUGCCCCUUCUCAGGCCUGAGGGACUGAUUCUCCCUCAGCCUGGGUGGCUUGCGUACCCCCAUGGCCUGCACUCCUGGCUGCCAAGGCCACUGCAAUGCAAAGCAGGGAAAAUAGGGAUCAGUGGGUUUAGUGGAUACUGUGUAUCCUUUAAUAGACAAGGUAACAUUUCGUGUUAGUUUAGAAUAUUGUUUUGUACUGUACUUACUUGGAUGGCGAAGGAAAGACAAGUAAAUCUUAAAGCUAUGUUCUUUAAAUUCUGUAUUAUUAGCAACCUCUGUUGUAUAUAGUGUUUGAUAAUAAAGUAUUAAUUUGA